CGCGGCCGCUCGGCCGCGAACCCGGGACCGACCGGGACCGACUCACCGGGACAAACCGGGACCCAGCGCGGCCCCUCCGCCCGCCGCCGCUCCGCCGAGCACCCCCAGCCCCCCAGCGCGCCGCUGCUCCCCUCUCCUCAUUUUUUAGUAUUUGGUGUUAUUUUUCCUCAUCGCGUUGGACAUGGAGCCGCCGCCGCUUUGAUUCCCUUGGUUUUUAUUUUGAUCUUUUUUUCAAGGAUUUUCCUCUGGAUGUUUUCCCAGCGGUGGGAGGACCCUUCCCCAUCCUUCUCCAUCUCCUCGAGUUAGUUCCCUCGGCGCCCGGAGCCUUUUGGACUGAAUGCAACUUUAUUUUCCUUUUCUCUUUUUUUUCCUCACCCUUUCCCCCUUUGCUGAGCGCCCCAAAAAUCCGAAUCGUUUAAAAAAGCAACGAGGGAGGAAAGGCUGCGCCUGCAUGUGCGGCUGCUGCUCAGGAUCCCGCUCCGUAGGUGUGUGGUGAAAUAUGGAGAAUAGUCUUGGAUGUGUCUGGGUACCAAAGCUGGUUUGUCUCCUUUUCGGGUUUACACUGGCGAACCUGCACUCUCCAGUCUCGGGUUCACAGCUCAAGACCUUCACGUCGUUGAGGUUCUUGGCGGAGCCUUCAGACGCCGUCACCGCGCGCGGGGGCAACGUCCUGCUGGCCUGCGCGGCCGAAUCCGACCGAGGAGCCCCCGUCAUCAAGUGGAAGAAAGACGCCGUCUUCUUAAACCUGGCGGUGGACGAGAGGAGGCAACAGUUGGCCAACGGCUCCCUCUUGAUCGAGAACAUCGUACACUCCCGCCACCACAAACCCGACGAGGGUUUGUACCAGUGCGAAGCGUCUCUGGAAGGCGUCGGAGCCAUCAUUAGCCGGGCGGCCAAGAUCACGGUAGCAGGACCACUGAGGUUCCUUUCCCAGACGGAAUCGGUCACGGCUUUCGCAGGAGACACCAUCCUGCUCAAGUGCGAAGUGGUUGGAGAGCCCAUGCCCGUGGUUCACUGGCAGCGGAACCAGGAGGACGUGUCCCCGAACCCGAGUGACCCACGCGUGGCCGUCCUGCCCUCCGGGGCUCUGCAGAUCAGCCGCGUCCAGCACGGGGACAGCGGCAUCUACAGGUGCUUGGCCAAGAACCCGGCCAGUUCUCGCACCGGGAACGACGCCGAAGUCAGAGUUUUGGCAGAUCCAGGUCUGCACCGCCAACAGUUCUUCCUGCAACGCCCAUCGAACGUGGUGGCCAUGGAAGGGAGAGACGCCGUUCUGGAAUGUUGCGUCUCUGGGUACCCCCCUCCCACCUUCACGUGGCUGCGAGGAGACGAAAUCCUGCCCAUCAGGUCCAAAAAGUAUUCGUUACUGGCUGGGAGUAACCUGCUCAUAUCCAACGUGACCGACGAUGACUCCGGGACCUACACGUGUGUCGUCACCUACAAAAACGAGAACAGCAGCGGCUCCGCCGAGCUCUCGGUGAUGGUCCCGCCGUGGUUUUUGGUUCGCCCAUCGAAUCUUUACGCCUACGAGAGCACGGACAUCGAGUUGGAAUGCGCCGUGGCGGGGAAGCCGCUUCCUACGGUCGAGUGGAUCAAGAACGGCGAAGUCGUCAUCCCUAGCGAUUAUUUUCAGAUCGUGGGUGGCAGCAACUUACGGAUUCUGGGCCUGGUAAAGUCAGAUGAAGGUUUUUAUCAAUGCGUAGCUGAAAAUGAAGCUGGAAACGCACAGGCCAGCGCACAGCUAAUCAUCCCGGAGCCGGCUGUCCCAAGUUCCAGUGUCCUCCCCUCUGCCCCCCGAGAUGUGGUCCCUGUUUUGGUCUCCAGCCGAUUUGUCCGUCUCAGCUGGCGCCCGCCCGCAGAAGCCAGAGGCAACAUCCAGACGUACACGGUCUUCUUCUCCAGGGAUGGUGUCAACAGGGAACGGGCAGUCAACACAUCUCAAUCGGGGACGCUCCAGCUUACCGUGGGCAACCUGAAGCCGGAGGAGACGUACACGUUCCGCGUGGUGGCGAACAACGAGUGGGGACCCGGCGAGAGCUCGCAGCCCAUCAAGGUGGCCACGCAGCCCGAACUGCAAGUUCCCGGCCCAGUAGAAAACCUGCGAGUUGUGUCCACGUCACCCACGUCCAUCCUCAUCUCCUGGGAUCCUCCCGCUUACGCCAACGGCCCCGUUCAAGGCUACAGGCUCUUCUGCACCGAGACGGCGACGGGGAGGGAGCAGACGGUGGAGGUGGACGGACUUUCCUACCGCCUGGAGGGGCUGAAGAAGUUCACCGAGUACACCCUGCGCUUCCUCGCCUACAACCGCUACGGCCCCGGCGUCUCCAGCGGGGAGGUGACCGUCACCACGCUGUCAGAUGUGCCCAGCGCGACGCCGCAGAACGUCUCCUUGGAAGUGGUCAACUCCAGGAGCAUCAAAGUCAGCUGGUUGCCUCCACCACCAGGUACUCAAAAUGGAUUUAUUACGGGCUAUAAAAUCCGACAUCGCAAGACGACCCGCAGGGGUGAGAUUGAAACACUGGAGCCAAACAACCUCUGGUACUUGUUCACAGGGCUUGAGAAAGGAAGUCAAUACAGUUUCCAAGUGGCGGCAAUGACGGUGAACGGGACAGGACCCUCUUCGGACUGGUACACGGCGGAGACGCCCGAGAACGAUCUCGACGAAUCGCAGGUUCCCGACCAGCCAAGUUCUCUUCACGUCAGGCCCUUGACCACGAGCAUCGUCAUGAGUUGGACGCCGCCACUCAACCCCAACAUCGUCGUCCGCGGGUACAUCAUCGGCUACGGCGUGGGCAGCCCCUACGCCGAGACUGUGCGGGUGGACAGCAAACAGCGCUAUUAUUCCAUUGAAAACUUGGAGCCGAGUUCGCAUUAUGUGAUCUCCCUGAAGGCCUUUAACAACGCAGGCGAAGGGGUCCCACUCUACGAAAGUGCCACCACCAGGUCCAUGACAGACCCCAUUGAUCCAUUAGAGGUUGAUUUUUAUCCUUUGCUUGAUGAUUUCCCUACCUCAGUCCCAGAUAUCUCCACCCCCAUGCUCCCACCAGUAGGUGUCCAGGCUGUUGCACUUACUCACGACGCCGUGAGGGUCAUCUGGGCAGACAACUCUGUCCCAAAGAACCAAAAGACGACGGAGGUUCGUUUCUACACGGUCCGAUGGAGAACCAGCUAUUCGACGAGUGCGAAGUACAAGUCGGCGGACACGACGGCUCUGAGCCACACGGUGAUGGGGCUGAAGCCCAACACCAUGUACGAGUUCUCCGUCAUGGUCACCAAGGGCCGGCGCUCGAGCACCUGGAGCAUGACGGCCCACGCCACCACCUACGAAGCAGCCCCCACGUCGGCUCCCAAGGACCUGACGGUGAUCACGCGGGAAGGGAAGCCCCGCGCCGUCAUCGUCAGUUGGCAACCGCCCCUGGAAGCCAAUGGAAAAAUUACCGCUUAUAUCCUCUUCUAUACAUUGGACAAGAACUCUCCGAUUGACGACUGGAUCAUGGAAUCCAUCGGCGGCGACCGGCUCACCCACCAGAUCAUGGACCUUAACUUGGACACCGUCUACUACUUCCGGAUCCAAGCGCGCAACGCCAAGGGCAUCGGGCCCCUUUCCGAGCCCGUUUUCUUCCGCACGCUGAAAGUCGAGCAUCCCGACAAAAUGGCCAAUGACCAAGGUCGUCAUGGGGACGGGUCUUACUGGCCGGUGGACACCAACCUGAUCGACAGGAGCAGCCUGAAUGAGCCCCCCAUCGGGCAGAUGCACCCGCCCCACGGCAGCGUCACCCCCCAGAAGAACAGCAACCUCCUCGUCAUCAUCGUGGUCACCGUGGGCGUCAUCACGGUGGUGGCCGUGGUGGCCGUGGCCGUCAUCUGCACCCGGCGCUCCUCGGCGCAGCAGAGGAAGAAACGCGCGACCCACAGCACCGGGAAAAGGAAGGGCAGCCAGAAGGACCUGAGACCCCCGGACCUGUGGAUCCACCACGAGGAGAUGGAAAUGAAGAACAUGGAGAAGCCAACGGGCUCGGAGCCCGCAGGGAGGGACUCCCCGAUGCAGAGUUGCCAGGACAUCACCCCCGGUAGCCACAGCCAGUCAGAAACGCAACUGGGGAGCAAGAGCACCCCCCAACCCACCGGUCCCGAGCCGGAGGACGUUGGCAGCAGCAUGUCCACGUUGGAGCGCUCGCUCGCCGCCCGCCGCGCCACCCGCGCCAAGCUCAUGAUCCCCAUGGAUUCCCAACCAACCAACCCCCCUGUGGUCAGCGCCAUUCCGGUGCCAACGCUGGAAAGUGCCCAGUACCCCGGGAUCCUGCCGUCCCCAACCUGCGGGUACCCGCACCCCCAGUUCACCCUCCGGCCGGUGCCGUUCCCGACCCUCUCCGUGGACAGGACCUUUGGAGCCGCCAGAACCGUCACGGAAGGCCCGGCACCGCAGCAGCCGUCCCUGCUCCCGCAGACGCAACCCGAGCACCCGAGCGGCGAGGACGCCCCGAGCAGAACCAUCCCCACCGCCUGCGUGCGGCCCACGCACCCCCUGCGCAGCUUCGCCAACCCCUUGCUACCUCCGCCCAUGAGUGCAAUAGAACCCAAAGUCCCUUACACGCCGCUUCUGUCUCAAACAGGGCCUAACCUCCCCAAGGCUCAGGUUAAAACAGCAUCCCUCGGCUUGGCCGGGAAAGCCAGGUCGCCUUUGCUGCCCGUCUCGGUCCCCACGGCCCCGGAGGUGACAGAAGAAGGUCACAAACAACCGGAGGAUUCCACCAACGUUUACGAGCAGGACGAUCUAAGCGAACAGAUGGCCAGUUUGGAGGGGCUAAUGAAGCAACUCAACGCUAUCACAGGCUCAGCCUUCUAACGGCUCUUGAUGAAGCGCUAAUUAUCCCGGAACAUUGCAGCAUACCAGCAUUUCACACAUCCCACCCCCAGAAAAUCAUCUUGUUGCCGGUACAACACCUUCAGUGCAAGGAAGAUUCUUAAAGGAAUGCUUAAAAAACAAAAGUAAGAAGAAAAAGGAAAGAAUAAUAAUGGAAAUGUUACGGAACUGUAGAUCUGGCAUCUCAAGUGAUGGAAACGGGUCGAGGCGAAUGGCUUCAUCACCGCAGAGUCGUAGCGAUGCCACCGGGUUGCUCGUUUUGAUCUCCUAGUCUUCGUAGAGCUCAAGUUGUCAUGAUUAACUCAAGGUUUGCUCCGUAGAGGUUUGUAGCUCUUUGUCUAGGUCUAGUCUUACCUCACACAAGUCUGUGUUUAAACACAGACCGUGCCGCUAAUGAGACAGUGUUGUAGGUCACUCGUUUAGGAUUGGGUUUUUUUAAAUACGUAAUUACUGACUACAAAAACACUCGUUAUUAUCACAUCGCCACGCCAAAAAUGUGCAACUUCUCCCAACAGCACAAAAUGAAAAGGCAAAUUCCCCAUUCCUUUUGUCAGCCGUCGCUCAUCUCGCACGAUGAUGGACGUAAUAUGUGGUUUGCUGUGACACGACGAGCUUCAGCUCGUAAUAAACCACAUCUGCCCAUGGUGGCCGAUAAAUUAAUUAGAAAGGGUUUUCUACAAGGCUGAUAUUUCCUGGUUGCGAUGGACGCCACAGACCAUCUUGAGGGAUCCCCUCGCGCUUUAGCGGCGCGGCGCGGUGUUUAUUGACAGCGAUAACUGGCUGAAUUGCCUAAAUUUUGUGUGUGCACACGCUUUAUUGCUAAAUUUUCGGUGGCAUUCAGCGGUAAUCCCUGUUUAUGCAGCUGAAUCACCACCGGGGACCUGAUUUGCAUGUUUAUCAGUUAGGAAGCUGCGAAACCCAAUAAGAGAGUUGCAGAUGAAUUAUUCCAUUCAGCUCUGCCUUUGAUUUCAAGCUUGAGUGGGUCAUAAUUUUAGAAGAGCAUGGAAGGGAUAGGAUCUUUACAACCUAAUAGCUCCUUUUAUUAGGUGGGUAAUUAUAUGUGAAUCUCUGAAUAAAAUAUUUGGAGUAAAAUGGCGCUGCAACAGAAGUAAUAAUUCAGAUUAUUUUCUAUGGCCCCGUGCUGGAAAGGAAAUCGGAUGUCAAGGAGGAAUUCAAAUGCUUCAUUAGGAACCCUAGUGCGCUUGUGAAAAUGCUCCUUUAAAAAUGCCUUGUUAUUCAAUUUACUAAGAUUUUAAUGGAAUAUUUCUCCAGAGUAAGGAAAUUUUGCUUGCGUGGGAGGCUGAGCUUUCAAUUUCUAAAGAUUUGUAACCAAAAACCUCUCCUUAAAAUAAAACACACUGAUCUUUCCCGAUGAACACCCAGCUCAGCUGGUAGACCUGGUAGAACCACGACCUCCAUUUUAACUCCAAGAAAGAAGGUUUUAAUGCAGCUUUUCAACAUCUCCCUGGCCUUAUUUGCAGAGAUUGAAAUAGGAAUAGAAGGUCAAAUGUGUCUUCUCGCUUAGCAUUUAUGAAGUAUCUCCCACCCUGGAUUUGCAGCAGGAGAACAGAAACCACCCCCAGGACUUCGAAGAGCAGCUCUGCACCUUUUUAGUGUCAGAAUACUAAUCCGGGACUAAGUGAGUAAGAAGCCCAGCCUUUCUUCUGCCCUUCAAAGUAUUUCUAGUUUCAGGUUCAGCUCGUUUAAAUUAAUAAGGCCAAGUUGACACCGAACUGAGUCCCCAUGUCCACGGGGACGGACAAUUCUCUCCAUUUGGCUGUUGUCCUUGGAGACGUUCCCAACCUUAGUUUGAGGAUGAUUUUAGUGCAAUUCCAAACUAAUUAGUAAGUGGGCAUUUUAUAUAUUUGCCGUAUGUGUGAACCACAUAACUUGCAAAACUCUAAACGAGUUUUUAGCACAGAACUUGCUCGUUAUAUUUUGCCGACACUCUGUUUAUUUGCGGUGAGCUCAGCUGAGAAUGUCUUAGGAUUUUUAGCCAAUUCACCCUAUUUGUAGCUCAUGACCAUCUCAACCAUGGACACUCUCAGACAAAUAUAAUGAGCUUGUGAGGUUUGAUGUUACAUGGAAGGGCAUUAAUUAGUCCAUACAACGGCGCUGCCAUAAACAAAAAGGGGAUUUUUAAUCGUUUUUCCCUUCUUUUUUUCACUCCGAGACCUAAAAUUGGAGCAACAUCAAUCCCUGAGCUUCUUAUUUUAGGAGCUUUGCCUUUCGCUUAUUUUCAGGAGCAUCUUUUCAUGACCCCUUCUCUUUCCAAUGUGGUGUGGGUAGGAUGCUGCACGUCUGGCUUGGAUCCCUCCUUGACAUUUUUAAAGAAUAUAUUACUUUUUAAAACACUUCUCCAAAGCUUCUGCACAUGUUUACAGCCCCUUCUCACUCCCUUUGACAUCUUUUGCCAAAAAGAAAUAGCGCAACCCACAAAAUAUGAAUAAUAAGAGGCAAAACGAUGGCGUGGAAGGAUGGGAAUGAGUUAAUCAUGAUCCCUUGGGAAGUGUUGGGUGUUUUCUUCUCCCCUCGGAGCUGAUGGGGCAAUUCCUGCUGUAGCUCAUCAAGGAUCCUUCAAAUCCAUGAGUAGAUGCUGGUAUGUCCUGCCCUGAUCGGACAUAAACCACCUUCAGCCAUGACCAUGGUCAAUCCCAAAGUCAAUGGAGAUGAGGCAAGAGUUUUGCAGCAAAACAGCCAAUUUGCAGCCCCCUCGGCCUCAAGUCUGAGCUGGAUCCUUGAAAGCUGGAUGGAAGAAGGCUUUUUAUUUAAAAAAUAAUUGGUUUUCCUGUCAACUUCAUUUCCCUGCAUCCCCAUCACCUGCUCAGCGUCCUGUCCUGUCCAACUGGCUUCUCAGAAGCUCCAUCACCUUUAUUUUUGUUAAUAUUCUCAGCAAAAGGCAUUGACCAUGUCUUCGUUCUGGUCGGGGUUGGCCGGAGAAGACAAGGCAGCCCCCACGGACACGGAUUUCCACGUCGGGACAAGGACCGAUGCUGUUUUUAUCCUUGUAAAAUAGACCCGGCGAUUGCUCCGUCGGCAAAUCGCCGCCGCGUUUGGGACGGGGCGGGGUGGGAGGGUGGACUUUUUAUAAGUAAUAUUUAAUUUAUUAUUUUAGAGUCUUUUCUUUUUGGAUAAUUUAUGAUAUACAAGGGAUACCUGGCUGGAAAAAACUAGAGCAGGCUGUUAAAGCUGCAGUUGUGCCCAUGGCCGCGGGUGCUGGGGAGGAUUUGGGCAGCGGGACCCUGUCGCUGGUCACCGUGUCACCAGUCACCGUGUCACCGGUCACCGCCACAAAGCACCAACUCCAGCCUGUUAUCCCAACGUCCUGGCACUGGGAAAUGCCAUUAAAAGGGCUUUGCGAGGUAAUUCAACAAUUCUUAGCAUACUAGUGAUACGUUUUUUCUGCUAGAAAUGGGUUAUACUCCAGCUUUAACUAGCCUUAGUGUGGAAGAAAAAUAAAGAAGCUUGUUACAAAAGGCCUAAAAAUGGCAUUUUGAGCCUCUAAACGGUUUCUUUCAAUUGUCGGACUCUAGCGUUGUUAACCAAAUUAGAAUAGUGACUGCAAUAUUUAAGUGUAAAUCUUGUUCUAUGAAAGGAAACCUGCUUACAGGUUCCAAACCGACGACUGUUUCUACACACAAUCUUGUAUACUACUACGUGAAGACAAAGGGGGUUUUGUAAUGCACUGUAGAACAGUCCCAGAUUCAUUUUUUUAUAGAAAGGUUAUUCCAAUGGUGCAUUUUUUUGUUUAAUAAAUAAAGUUUUGAUACAAAUUC